AUGACCACAGCCUCGUCUUCAACGGGACUGACGCUCUGUCAAUUGCAGUGGAGGCCGUUGCCUGCUGUCGAUCUGCUCGAGGAAUGCCACUGGCUGGUCAACAUGGACGUCAGGAAUGCCAAUCCAACAAGAAAUUCGAAACAAUUUGAAGAACGAGCUCGUCUUAGGCUUGCGAACGGGAUCUCCAACAACAAAGAACCGCGAAACCUCAGCAAACAGAAUUCACCUUAUCGUCGAUCACUGUGUCGGCCGAAGCCACCUGCACCAUCAUCUGGAUCACCAGCUCAACGAGCGGCGAAAAGUAUCUUGAAGCUAAAGGAGGGGCUGCUACGUCUCGAUGACACGAAUUGGCAGAUGCUAAGACUUUUGAAGGGUCCUAGCAGAGCAAAGACACCGGAAUCCAUACGUAGUCCAAGUAGGAAGAAGAACAAACGACCACCGACUCGUGCAGAGCGUGACCUCGCAGAGAAACAAGAGCGUCUUGCAGCAUGGCUCAAAGCAAACCCCGAAACAAGACAUGUUAGUGUCGUUGAAGAUACGUAUCUACCCUAUUCUGCAGAAAUGGAAUCUCGAAUUGACUCGGCAAUGCAGUGUCAAAUUUCACUGGAAUUGGGGGUGAGACUUUGGGACGACUCAGUAUGCUCGAUGCUUGCAGCGGAGAUGACCAGCGAGUCGGUCUUUGGAGGUAUCGUUCCGACACGAGCAUUGGCCUUCCAAGUCGUCGACGUUGCCGACGCAGAAUCUCAACUAUCGGAUCAUGCUCAAAAGGUGUUUGGUACCGCUCACAGUCAAGUCACAGAUGGUGCUGUUGCAGACGCUAUAGCCACUCUCCAAGCUGGCAUUCGCCACUCCCUCUCGACAUCUCAAGCCCGUCUUGACGUUGCAAGCGGUUCAAAUGGCGUGGGGUUUAACUACUCGGUGGUUGUCCACAAAUGGGCGACGAAGUUACAGCUCUACUACCGUGCACGGCACCGGCGACGCGUCAAUCGACUGAUACUUCUACAACGUCAAUGGCGUUGGUGGCACGCUCGAAGACGUGCAUUGAAGGCAGUGCAGUUUGCCAACCAGCAAGUGUCAGUCAUUCAGCGUCACUACAGACCUUGGUACACUCACGUCACACGCAAACGCAGCGCUGUGCGGAUCCAGCGCUGCUUCCGUAUGUUCGAGAGUCAAAAAUUCCUUAUCCACUUCCAGCGAGUCUGUCGACUGCUGCUGGCACAGAAAACUCGCCGUCGACAAGUCAAAAAUCGAAUUCGGAUCAUUGCCAAUAUCAUUUUCCUGUUUCGGAAACGACGUCGGCAAAUUUCUCUCAUCCAAAGUCUCUGGCGCUGUCGUUGCGCUCGGGCUCAGCUAGCCUCGCUACUAGCCCAUGCCACCGAAUUGGAACUUGACCGACGUGCUCGGGAGGACUCGUUCGUUGCUGGGAAACUAGCCCAAGCACGAGUACCUUUCCGUGAGUUUUUAGAUAAAACGAAACGAGGGCGACAACUAGUGCGUUGGCAAGCGGAGAAGCCUUGGCUGCGUUUUCGACGCUUGCGGUAUAACACACAACAAUGGAAUGCGCUUCCCAUGUCCGAUAAAAUCGAGGCUGUUGCUAGAAUCCUCUCGGGUCGCACGUUUCGAGGCUUGCAAGAACGAGCGCUUUGUCAAAUGCUGGUAGGGAAAGACAAGCAGUUGCCAGCACUUCCAAAAGUGUUGAAAGCCGGUCGCUGUUGCCCGUGGACGACAGUUGUUCGAGAGAAAAUGAGGCGUAUUCGUGGAGAGUUAUCGCGUCGAGCACCGACAUUGUGGUGGGCUAUUGCCACGUACCCAACGGAAUACUGCACAGCUCGAAUGCGGCCCAUUCGACAGCGUCGACGAGAGCUUGCACGACAGCAACUUGAGGACGAUUUUGUACGAACUCUUACGGCUUUCUUGCGCGUAUGGUUCCGACGCAUCGAUUCCAAGACAAAUACACCAAGACAUGCGUGUGAACGGUGUUGCGAACCUUUUGCCACGUAUCGCGGUUUGCACGCGCAUGACAAGUGUGCAGCUGCUCGAGCACGAGCCAAAGCAGAAUGGGCGGCAAUGACUAGCGACCUGCAGUUCGAGCGUCGUAGGAAUACGUCGUCUUAG